CGUCAAUCCUGUGAACCCCAAUGCUGUCUAUUUAGAUCAGUAACAAAUCGUGGCCGUCCAUUAUGAUCAAUCUCAGACGUCCAUUCUAUGAAGCCGCAUUAUUUCAGCAUUUGCGUCCGUGCCGGAGAAAGCCUCGGACGCCGGAGAAAGCCUUGACUUUAUUGCUGUGCUCGGGUUCCGAUCUCCAUGCCAUCACGCGCGUGAACAAUUCCGUUUCUGGUUGCUCCGCUGAUCGCCGCGCCUGCGCCGCUGAUUUGAAUACUGCUCUUGUCGCUUUGAUUCUGCUCUUCCCUUCUUCUGAUUGAGGCUGGGAACUGAAGAUGGUUUCUGAAGAAGUUAUGAAAGCUGUUUUUCCUUUGCUGGAGGGCAUUGAUCUUGCUUCUUGUAUGAUAGUAUGUAAACAGUGGAGAGACUUAGCCCGAGAUGAUUACUUUUGGAAAUGUCUUUGUGCCAAGAGAUGGCCCUCAAUCAGCAAGCGGCCUAAUCCUCCAACUGUAAGCUACUACAAGUUAUACCAAUCCUUUUAUAAACGCCGGCGUCAAAAAACUCUUCUCCGUCCAAGAAUUUCCUUUGAUGAUUUGGAGUUCUUCAUUGACAUUUGGGCUGAAAAUAGAUUACUUUUCUCAGAAAUGGUGCCUGGCUCUGUGCUGCAGCACGGAGUUAAAGUUCCUCCUUCUGGAGUCUGUGAAACGCUUAAAUAUCACUUGGAGGCCCCUGAAUUCAAGAUGACAUUGCCUGUUGAACCUAGGUUUACGAUAUCCUACGGCCAGACUGAAACCGUUAGUGUCUCUGUAUUGGUUGGACGGAAGGAUUCAAAUAAGGUUGCUCGCAUCAUUAAUAAAUCUAUGUUUGAUUACAUCGAUCAGUCGUCUUACAAGGCCUUGGCAUUUGACUACCUUGACAUAUCUCCUGUGUACCCUUUUUUGUCUGGCAUCCGGGCAUGGAUCUCUCUUCUAUUUAUGGAAGAUGGAAAUGAAGGAUCUAUGGAUGUGUUUGGAAUUCAGAUGGACUUCUGCGAUGUGGCAAACACCAAGGAAGAAGUCUUAUUGCUCUUAGACAUGCUUGAUUGGCAGUAAAAUGUAUGUGAAGACUUGAUAUUGUAUGGGAUAUCGAUUUCCACAUUGAGUAGUAUAUGAUGCUCAAUGAGGUAUUUAAGUGAGUUUGUUUUCUUAUUUUAACAGCUAGCUUUUGAGGUAAGGUUUUCCAUCCCACUCAAAUAUCCAUCAAUUGGUAUCAUAGCUUGGUUGUGGGCAAUUCUGGAGAGAGUUGUUCAUGGAGAGUUUUAACUAGCAAGAGGUCGAGUUAAGUGUUAUGAAAUUUAUCCACCUAGAUGGCAGCUUUUCAUAAGGGCUAAUUGAUGGAGACUUGGCUACAUGGGAUAGCAAGUCUCACAUUGAGUGGUACAAGAUGCUCAAUUGAAUAUUUAAAUGAGUUGGUUCUCUCACUUCAACAACUAGCCUUUGCGAUGUGGUUUCCUAUUUCAUUUAAGUACCCAUACUUUAUGUACAAUGAUGGAUAGAAAAAUUAAAAUAAUUGAAGGUAAUAUGUUUAUGUGAAA